AAUAAGACACGUCUUGUCGGGUUCUCUUUUCGCAGAAAAAAGCGAGACGAUUGAUUGUUUCUCUCUCCACAUUUCUUGCAAGUCCUCUCCUUCUCUUCUCUUCUCUUCUCUUCUCAGAUCAUCACCGCUUCAAUUUGACCUUUGCGUGAUUUCGCUUUGACUGAGUCCUUUCUUUAGUUUACCCUUCGUCUGAAAAUCCCGGUUGAUCUUCAGCCUAGAAUUUUCCGAAUUGAGCUAUGGGGAGGUUGUUUGUGGUUCAUCUCGAGGGGAAGGUCUAUAGCUGCAAACACUGCCGUACCCAUCUUGCUCUCUAUGAAGACAUCGUUUCCAAGUCUUUCCACAGCAGACAUGGGAAAGCUUAUCUCUUCAGUAAGGUCGUGAAUGUUUCUGCUGGAGAAAACGAGGACAGACAGAUGCUUACCGGGAUGCAUACUGUGGCUGACAUUUUCUGUGUGGGGUGUGGAUCAAUUGUGGGUUGGAAAUAUGAGACAGCUCAUGAAAAAAGCCAGAAGUACAAGGAAGGAAAAUCUGUACUUGAACGGUACAAGGUGUCAGGUCCUGAUAGCUGCAAUUAUUGGGUCGGCCAUGAAGCACAUGGUGGAAGUGAUGCAGAUGACGCUUAG